AUGUCAGAUUUGAUUCACCGGAGAAAAGUUCCGACUCCGAUCGGGAACGGAGGCCGGAGCUUCAGGACGAGAAGGACGGCGUCCCGAUGUGUUUCCGAUAAGAAUCGCUCGAAAUCGACUAAUCGAGUUUUCGAGCGAAGCUUCUCGGAGCCGAGUCUCAACCGUCGCCGCGACGGUGAAAGUAAUUACUUGCGGCGAUGGUCGCCGCCGAUGAGAGGUUUACAGACAGAAGAAUCCUCCGACCCGAUUGUUAACUUGCAGUUGCAUAGGAUUCGCUCUGAGGUUUUCGCUUCUUCUCCGUCGUUGUUGUCGGGUUUCUCUUCGCCGUCGUCUCCAUCUCCGAUCAAUCAAGAGGGUAAUAAAAGAGAAUCACCAAAAGUAGUAAUAAACGUAGCAGUAGAAGGAAGUCCUGGACCUGUAAGAGCAAUGGUUAAAUUGAGUAGCAACGUUGAAGAAACGAUCAAAAUCGUUGCAGAGAAGUAUUGCAAAGAAGGACGAACACCAAAACUCGAUCAAGAUUCUGCCUUUGAAUUGCAUCAGUCACAUUUCAGCAUUCAGUGUUUGGAAAAAAGUGAAAUAAUCGGAGAAAUAGGAACUAGAAGCUUCUACAUGAGAAAGAGAGCUCAUGAAACCGGAGUCUCGUUCGCUGCCGGGAUUACUCCGGUGAGAACGAGUCUUAUUCCGUCGUCGAAUUUUAUUGAAUCAUACAUCGCUCAGAUUCUUGGGAAAAUCGUGAGGAGAACGAGAAAGCUAUGGAACAUAUUGGUGUGUACGCAAUGA